AUGGUGAAAGAUUCAAUGUGUUGUAACAGGUACCUUGAAUGGAAAUCUGCAUUACAUUUCAAUGAUAAUAAAGAGGCCAAAAAUAAAAGUGACACAAAUCUUGAAAGUCAUUCGCAGAGGCUCUGGUACAACAUUAUCAGAGAAUUUCAGGAAAAUCUAGCAGCUGAUGAAAUGAUUGAUGAUCGUCCACUGGGCCUUGCAUGUCAUAAAGUAUUUAAUUCUGCGAAGAGGUACAAUAUACGACGACAUUAUACACGUCUUCACCCAGCGCACUACGAUCAGGUAGAAGGCCUUGCACGCAGAGAACCGGUAGCCAGGCUUAAGAACGACAUACCAGGAGACGUGAAUGAGACCGGAGAAAACACUACUGAAUCUGAAAUUCGAGCAAGUUACAGGGUGGCUCACAUCAUUGCAACGAGUGGCAAGCUGUUUUCAAUGGGGUCUCUCGUAAAAUCAUGCAUGGUAGCAGUUGCAGAAUAUUUGUUUCCAAGUGAGGUGCAGGCAAUUGAAGGGGUUUGCCUGUCGAAGCAAACAAUGUCUCGUCCAAUCCUGGACAUGGCAGCGGAUUUAGAGACACAACUCAGCAAAAAGACUGAGAGCUUUGUUGCAGUUUCGCUAGCGCAUGACAAAAGCACCGACAUAUCGGACUGUGUUCAGCUUGCAGUCUUUGUGCGUGAUGUCGACAUGGAGCUGCAAGUAAGUGAAGAAUUCUUGGAGGUGUUACCACUCGAUUACAUCGCAACAGGACGUGACAUUUUUGAAGCUGUUUGUGAAUCAGUGGACAAUAUGAAUUUGCUGUGGGAUAAGCUCCAUUCUGUAGCGACAGACCGUGCACCACAAAUGAUCGGGCGUCACCAAGGUUUUGCUUCUCGUUUGAAAAAUAAACUCAGGGACGAAUUCGGAAAAGACAUUUUGACUCUUGAAUGUUUUAUUCACCAAGAGGCACUGUGUGCUGAAACAGUAGAGCUAGGUGGCGUAAUGAAAAAUGUCGUGAAGUGA